AUGUCUUUCCUCCUGCACUCGCGCCCAUUGGGCAUUGGCCUCGGUCUCGGCGCUGCAUUCACCUCUUACUCUCUCCUCACACCAAGAAGACAUCGCUAUGCACUCUGCGAUGCCUCUAGCACACUCAACUCAUACACGUCCAAUGCCAAGGUGCCGGUUGUGAAUCGCAGAGGUGGACUCAACCCCAGUGCUGUGCGUCAGGUCUCGAGUGGAAGUAUUGCUGGUGUUUUGGGUGGACUGGCGGUUUCACUGUUUUCUAAGCCUUUGGCAUUGUUGAUUGGACUUUUGAUCGUUGGUGUCCAGUUUGCAGAGUCGCAGUUGGGUAUCAGUUUGGUGCCUUAUGGUCGUAUGCAGCGCUACUUUACUAGCAUCGAUCUGCGCUCGGCUAUGCAAGAUAAUGUGGCUUUUAAGCUGGCCUUUGGCGCCACUUUUGCAUUGACUGGAUUUGCUCAGUUGUAG